GCGCCGUGCUCUUGGGUAUGUUGUGAUUCUGCAGGAGAAAGUGUCUAAAAACACAAACUCCUGAAGCGACUGAGGUAUAAAGAUGGCGUUUAUUAAAGUGGAGAGUGAAGAUAUGAUGAUUGAAGAAACAUUCACAGUCAAACAUGAAGAGACUGAAGAAGCUUUCAGAGUCAAACAUGAAGAUCCUGAGGAACAAACAGACCUGGUGGGACUCAAAGAAGAGGAAGAAGAAUUGAAUGACAUGGAGGGGAAAGAGCAAUGUGUGAAACAUCAAGACUUUGUGAAUGUAGAACAGUUUAUUAAGAUCGAACCGACUUCAUCAGGAAAAACAGAUCAGAAAAACAAACCUAAUCAGCUGUUCAUCUGCCAACAGUGUGGAAGAGCUUUCAGUCGGAAGUAUAAACUGAAGAAUCACAUGACGAUCCACACUGGAGAGAAGCCUUUCACCUGUGAGCAGUGUGGGAAGAGCUUCAAUUACAAGGAAAACCUUAAUUACCACAUGAGAGUUCACACCGGAGAGAGGCCGUUCUCCUGUAAGGAGUGUGGAAAGAGUUUCGUUCACAAAGCAGCUCUUAAAUACCACACCAGAGUUCACACCGGAGAGAAGCCCUUCACCUGUGAACUGUGUGGAAAGAGCUACGUUCACAAGGGAAACCUUAAUUACCAUAAGAGAGGUCAUACUGGAGAGAGGCCGUUCACCUGCGAGCAGUGUGGAAAGAGUUUCGUUCAGAAACACAAGCUUAAUAACCACAUCUUAAGCCACACUGGAGAGAAACCCUUCAAAUGCCUGCAGUGUGGAACCGGUUUCAGUUGCAAAGCAAACCUUCACACCCACAUGAAAGUCCAUUCUGGAGAGAAGCCGUUCACGUGCCAGCAGUGUGGGAAGAGUUACACCAAAAAAAGCAACCUUAAAAAGCACAUGAACGUCCACACUGGGGAGAACCUGUUCAGAUGCGAGCGGUGCGGGCAGAGCUUCAGAUAUAAACAUUCAUUGGAUUCUCAUAUACAAAAGAGAGAGCUCAGCGGAGGGAACUGUCUUAUUAAAUACACUGCAGAAAAGCCUUACGCGUGCCAGCUGUGUGAUAAGAGCUAUAAAAACAAAACACACUUUGAUUCCCACAUGAAAAUACACGCUGGAGAGAAACCGUUCCCCUGUGAUCAGUGUGGAGGGAGCUUCAGCAAUAAAGCAGCCCUUGGCUCACACAUGAAGGUUCACAUUGUUCGAGUGACACAAAGAGAAGAGAAUCCAGAAUUGAGUGAAAUACAAGAAAACGAUGAGAGUGAGAAUCAUGAUGAUAUUGAGGAUGUGGACAACUCUAUUAGGACUGAAACAACUUCAUCUGAUAAAACACUUGAGAAGGCUGAAUCUAACCGUGACCUCACUUGCGAGCUGUGUGGAAGAUCUUUCUCUCAAAUAUAUAAACUUAAGAACCACAUGAUAAUCCACACUGGAGAGAAGCCUUUCGCCUGUGAACGGUGUGGAAAGAGUUUCUUUUACAAAGGAAACCUCAUUUCCCACAUCAGAGUUCACACUGGAGAGAAGCCUUACACCUGCAAACAGUGCGGAAAGAGUUUCAAUUAUAAAGGAAACCUUAAUUCCCACAUCAGAAUUCACACCGGGGAGAAGCCCUUCACCUGCACACAGUGUGGACGGGGUUUCAGCUUUCACGGAAACCUUAAUUACCACAUGAGAGUUCACACUGAAGAGAAGGCUUUCUCCUGUAAAGAGUGUGGAAAGAGUUUCAAUUAUAAAGCAAACCUUAAUUCCCACAUGAGAGUUCAUAGUGAAAAGAAACCGUUCACCUGUGAAGUGUGUGAAAAGAGUUUCGCUAAGAAAAGCUACCUUAAAGCACACAUUAAACUCCACUCGAGUGAAUCCGUUCAAAUGUGAGCAGUGUGGGCCGUUUCAAAUGACAAGAAACUUUUUUUGUCACUCAGGAAAAUAUUAAAAUGACUAUAAAUGGA